AAACAACCCCGGGUAAGAUAGUAAGACCAAAACACCCUCGUUUCCAGCUUCUUCAAAACAAUUCACCUCUCUUCUCUCUAAGUCAAGUCUUCUCCACCUUUUUUACUCUUAUCCUAAAAUACCCCCAACUCAACUCAUACCUACUUCUACUUCUCAACUAUAAGUACCUACCUCAAUUAUUCAACUUAAUUCCCAAAACGCAACAUAAUCACUUACACAACAUAACCCUUUAUCUCUUCUUUCUCUAUAGUUCUCUCUCUUUUUUUUCUCUCUAAACUAAAACAAACAUUUUCAUAACAUGACUCGCACACUUAGAACAUUACAAUCUAUUUCCUCCGACGCACCACCGCCGGAGUCCGCCGCUUCAUUAGAAUCCGACUUUGUCGUCAUCCUAGCCGCACUCCUCUGCGCUCUAAUAUCCGUCGUGGGUCUAACCGCCAUCGCCCGUUGCGCCUGGCUCCGCCGUGGUCCGGUCGCCGGAGCAUCGCCGGCGACGGCGGUUGUCAACAAAGGUCUCAAAAAGAAGGUUCUCAAUUCACUUCCAAAAUUCACUUACAGUGACGGAAGUCCCGGAAAAUGGGUAGUCUCGUCGGAAUGCGCCAUUUGUCUCUCGGAGUUUACCGCCGGUGAAGAGGUUCGGGUACUUCCACAGUGUGGUCAUGGUUUCCAUGUGGCAUGUGUUGACACGUGGCUUGGGUCUCACUCUUCUUGUCCUUCUUGCCGUGCUCCUUUUGCUGUUGCUAGGUGCCAGAAAUGUGGCCUUUAUCAGCCUACACCUGCCGGAGAUGUCGCCGGUGAAACGGAGUCGAAGUCCGGCGGCGGAGAAAAUGGUGAAGUUGUUGUUAAUGUUAAUUGUGUUGGUGAGAAUGUUGAUAGGCAUAGCCACGGUGUUUAUAAUGGCUUCUUGCCAUAAAACUUAUGUUUUAUUUUGUGUCUAUUAAUUUGUAUAUAUAUAAUUUAACUUAGAUCUCUGUUUUUUUGUUUGGCUCACUUUAAUUAUGUUUAUCUCAAGAGAUUAAAUUUUUGGCCAA